UAUUUAAAUAAUCCAAUAAAUUCCCAGUCUCUCUCUCACGAUUCAGUUCAAAUUCCAUUCUCUGUUUUCAUCUGCCUUUUGCCACAACGCAAAAAUCAGAGUAAUUCCACAAACACAGAGAGACCCAUUAAUAUUGGAGUCCUCAAGGUUUGUUAAUAGUUCUUAGAAAAGGAAAUUCUCAAUUGAAAAGAAAGGAAAAUAAAAGAAAAGAAAGGAAAAGAAAGGGAAAGAAAAAGAAAGGAGGUUGUUGAAACUUUGUUGGAUUCUUGGUUGAUUAGGGAAUUUCAAAUGAAGCUUUGAUUGGAGAGGAGAUGGUUAUUGGUUUUGACGUGUUGUGGGCUCUAGGCCUCUGCUUUUUGUAUUCCUGGAAUAAUAAAAGGAUUGCUACUGAGGUGAAACAAUAUGAGGAAUGAGAAUUGGAUCAAAGGGCGAAGGAAGGGCCGUAGAGGUUGGAAUUUUGGGAAGAUAAUGAAUUGCAUAUGCCCAGGAGAGCAUUUAGCAGCAGAUGAGAUGGUUCGUCCAUCUGAAUCUCUUGCAACCAGGGAUUAUAUCUUCAGUGGGCAUUCUUCUCGAGCAGGUGAAAUACUACAGAAGCCAGAUACCGGCAAUAUCGAAGAAGCUGAAUCAUCUUUGCGCGAGAGUGGUUGUUUGAAUUAUGAGGAAGCAAGAGCUUUAUUAGGAAGAUACGAAUAUCAUAAGGGAAACAUAGAAGCUGCCUUGCACGUAUUUGAAGGGAUAGAUAUUGCUGCUAUGACUCCAAAGAUGAAAUUGGCCCUUGCUAGAAGAGGAGAACGUCGCAAGAAACAUUCACAAAGUGAUGCUACACCACCAAUGUCUAUACAUGCUGUCAGUUUACUCUUUGAAGGGAUCUUUCUUAAAGCAAAAUCCUUGCAGGGACUUGGGAGGUAUAAAGAAGCUGCUCAAUCAUGCAAAGUUAUUCUCGAUAUUGUUGAAUCUUCAUUCCAAGAAGGCUUGCCUGAAAACUUUGGUGCUGACUGUAAAUUGCAGGAGACUCUAAGCAAGGCGGUUGAGUUGCUUCCUGAGUUAUGGAAACUUGCUGAUUCUUCUCAUGAAGUGAUCUUGUCAUACAGACGAGCCCUCCUCUUUCACUGGAAUCUUGAUGCAGAAACUACGGCAAAGAUUCAAAAAGAGUUUGCCAUUUUUCUUCUGUACAGUGGAACUGAAGCAAUAGCCCCAAACCUUCGUUCCCAAAUGGACAGUUCAUUUGUACCUAAAAACAACAUAGAAGAGGCUAUUCUUCUGUUAAUGAUUCUACUAAGAAAAGUUUCUCUAAAAAAAAUUGACUGGGAUCCAUCAAUUUUGGAUCACCUCACAUAUGCUCUGUCUGUCUCAGCGGAGUUACAUGCUUUAGCUAAUCAAUUAGAGGAAUUGCUUCCUGGGGUUAUAGAACGAAAAGAAAGGUAUCUCAAUCUAGCUCUAUGUUACCAUGGAGAAGGAGAGGAAUUGACAGCUUUGAAUUUGCUUAGGAAAUUGUUGAAUAUUAGAGAGGAUCCAAAUUGUGUUCAAGCUUUAUUAAUGGCUUCAAAAAUUUGUGGGGAGAAUUCUAAUUAUGUGGAAGAAGGGGUAAGUUUUGCUUGUAGAGCUAUUGAAAGCUUGCAGGACAGAUGUGAUCAGAUGGUAGGUGUUGCCAAUUGUUUAUUGGGCAUCUCACUCUCUAUCCAAUCUAGAUCAGUUGCAACUGAUUCUGAGAGGGUCAGGAAACAAUCCGAGGUACUUAUGUCCCUGGAGAAUGCUGGGAAAAUGACAAGAAUGAGAGACACCAAAAUUAUUUUUCACCUUAGCCUAGAAAAUGCUGAGCAAAGGAAGUUGGAUAGUGCUCUUUAUUAUGCUAAGCGCUUGCUAAAACUGGAAGGUGGGUCCAGCAUUAAUGGGUGGCUGUUGUUGGCUCGGAUAUUAUCAGCUCAGAAACGGUUUGUGGAUGCUGAGACUAUCAUAAAUGCUGCUCUAGAUCAGACUGGGAAAUGGGAUCAGGGAGACUUGUUGCGAACUAAAGCUAAACUCCAAAUUGCACAGGGCCAUUUAAAAAGAGCGACUGAAACAUAUACUCAGCUGCUUGCUGUUCUGCAAGUCCAGGCCAAAAGCUUUGGAUUUGGGAAGAAGCUUUUAAAGGGCGAUGGGAACCAUGACAGAACUUUGGAAUUGGAAACCUGGCAUGAUCUGGCUUGUGUAUACAUAAAUUUGUCACAGUGGCGCGACGCUGAAAUUUGUCUCUCCAAAUCUGAGGCCAUCAAUUGUCAUUCUGCUUCCAGAUGGCAUGCCAUCGGUUUGCUUCACGAAGCGAAGGGUCUCCACAAGGAGGCUCUUAAAGCUUUCGGUCAGGCUUUAGAUGUUGAUCCCACUCAUGUCCCAAGUCUGAUCUCCACGGCCGUGAUUCUCAGACAGCUUGGUGGCAAGUCUCUAUCAGUUGUCAGAAGCUUUCUGACAGAAGCACUACGGUUGGAUAGAAUGAAUGCUUCUGCGUGGUAUAAUCUCGGCCUGCUUUACAAAGAUUCCGGCGCUGCAUCAGCGCAGGAAGCUGCUGAUUGUUUCCAGGCCGCUACCCUUCUUGGAGGCACUGCACCAGUUGAGCCCUUCAGGUGACAAGAUAUUGACGAGUCAUUGGUCUGUAAGAGCCGUCGUCUUUCUGCUUCUCACUCUCCUCGUUUAUGUAUCAUCGAUCAUGUUGUUUGAUGGAAAAUCGAUAUAUAUAAAGGUUCCGGUUUUGUUUUCUAUCAUCCUUAUUCACAGCCCGAGUUCUGUAUAGUAUCAAUGGAGGACGAUGUCCGGGAGUUUGGUCUACCACUGUUCCUGAAAUGAUGGUUGCACUGCAAUAAUAAGUUGAUGCUCUGUUAACCACUUAUUUCAAAGUGUGCAAAAUUUCAAUACAUGAGAAUAAUAUAUUUGAAUAAUGUGUUUGAUUAAACGGUCCAAAAUUUGUUGGAAGGAGGAGGUUGUAAAUAGACAUUUCAAACAAGAUUGUUUGUAUUGUACUGACUAAUUCUCUGGAGUUGAAUUUUGCAGUGGAGGUUUAUUUCU